AUGGUGUGUCCCUAAACAACACAUUCCAUUUUCUAAAAUGGCAAGCAACACCACCAUGGUAGACGAGCGUGCAGGGGCGGAGAUCGUGUAUGGCGCGGAGGAAUGCCACCGCAGCUCCAUGGAGCUCCUGGAAGAGCUUGGAUUCCCCAAAGGGGUGAUGCCAUUGAAGGACCUUGUGGAGUGCGGCCGGGUUCGCGAAACGGGGUUCAUUUGGAUGAAGCAGAAGGCGCCAAGCCAGCACUUCUUCGAGGCAACCAAGACCCUCGUGAGCUACGCGGCGGAGGUCACCGCCUAUGUGGAAAAGUUCAAGAUGAAGAAGAUGAAUGGCAUCAAGAGCAAGCAAGUGUUCAUUUGGGUGCCAAUUGCUGAGAUGAGCAUUGAUGGGGACAAUGGGAAAAAGAUACUCUUCAAGACCCCUAUGGGGCUUGGUAAGUCCUAUCCUGCCACAGCCUUUAUGACCAUAGAGGAGAAGGAAAAGAACCUGCAGCUUCAGGGUAAGGAAGAGAUCAAAGAUAUAUGAUUAUUUAAUCACAAGUUCAUUUGGAUUGAGGGUCUAGAACCAUGUACUUGAUAAUUUGUUUUUGAUUUUUGAAUAAUAGAUGAAUCUGCUGAGAAUUUGAUUAUAAAAAAGUAUAGAAUCGGCUAGCUAGACUGGAAUGUGUGUUCCCUAUAUAUGCAAUGUUGAUUUGAUGAUGAUGAUAAUAAUAUGUAUUGAAAGAUAUAUGACCCAAAUUUCAGAUGAGAAAA